UUGGUUUAGUAUCUGUAUAUGGGCAAUACUCUGUCCUGCAGUAGGCAGCAUGUCAGCUGAAACACCAAUCACACUGAAUAUUGACCCUCAGGAUCUGCAAGUCCAAACAUUCACUGUAGAGAAGUUACUGGAGCCUCUUAUAAUACAGGUUACUACACUUGUAAAUUGUCCCCAGAAUCCUUCCAACAGGAAAAAAGGACGUUCAAAAAGAGCCAGAGUCCUCCUCGCUUCUGUGGAGGAAGCAACUUGGAAUUUAUUAGACAAAGGGGAGAAGAUUGCUCAGGAGGCUACAGUUUUAAAGGAAGAACUUACUGCUGCUCUUGAGGAAGUUCGCAAAGAAAGCGAAGCUCUGAAAUUAUCAGCUGAGAGAUUUACUGAUGACCCUUGUUAUCUCCCGAAAAGGGAGGCGGUGGUUCAAGCUGCUCGUGCUUUGUUGGCUGCAGUAACCAGACUCCUUAUCCUCGCAGACAUGAUUGAUGUCAUGUGUCUUUUGCAGCAUGUGUCGGCUUUUCAAAGGACAUUUGAGUCUCUUAAAAAUGUUUCCAACAAAUCUGACCUCCAGAAAACCUACCAGAAAUUUGGGAAGGAGCUGGAAAAUCUGGAUUACUUAGCCUUCAAACGUCAGCAGGACUUAAAAUCUCCAAACCAAAGGGAUGAAAUUGCAGGGGCCCGAGCUUCAUUGAAGGAGAACUCCCCGCUCUUGCAUUCCAUUUGUUCAGCUUGCUUGGAGCAUUCUGAUGUUGCUUCCCUCAAAGCCAGCAAGGACACCAUCUGUGAAGAAAUUCAGAAUGCCCUCAAUGUAAUUUCAAAUGCUUCCCAAGGCAUCCAGAAUAUGCCGGCCCCACCGGAACCUGAGGCAGCAACCCUGGGAAGUGCCCUUGAUGAGCUGGAGAGUUUAAUUGUCCUGAAUCCACUCACGGUGACUGAGGAGGACAUAAGACCAUCACUAGAGAAACGUCUGGAAGCCAUUAUCAGUGGAGCUGCUCUGCUGGCAGACUCUUCAUGCACAAGGGACUUCCACCGGGAGCGGAUUAUUGCAGAAUGCAAUGCCAUUCGCCAGGCUCUUCAGGACCUGCUUUCAGAGUACAUGAACAACGCUGGAAAAAAAGAAAGGAGUAAUACCCUGAAUAUUGCAAUAGACAACAUGUGCAAGAAGACAAGAGAUCUUCGCAGACAGCUCCGGAAGGCUAUUAUAGAUCAUGUGUCAGACUCUUUCUUGGAUACGACAGUCCCACUUCUGGUUCUCAUUGAAGCUGCUAAGAAUGGCCGGGAAAAGGAAAUAAAAGAAUAUGCUGCGAUAUUUCAUGAACACACCAACAGGCUUGUAGAGGUGGCAAAUCUUGCUUGUUCCAUGUCAACAAAUGAAGAUGGAAUUAAAAUUGUCAAAAUUGCAGCCAAUCACCUGGAAACCUUGUGUCCACAGAUUAUUAAUGCUGCACUUGCUCUGGCUGCAAGACCCAAAAGUCAAGUGGUAAGAAACACUGUGGAAAUGUACAAGCGGACAUGGGAGAACCAUCUACAUGUCCUCACUGAAGCCAUAGAUGAUAUUACAAGUAUUGAUGACUUCCUUGCUGUGUCUGAAAGCCACAUCCUGGAAGAUGUCAACAAGUGUAUCAUAGCCUUGAGAGACCAGGAUGCAGAUAAUUUAGACCGUGCUGCCGGUGCUAUCAGAGGACGGGCAGCAAGAGUUGCUCACGUUGUCACAGGCGAAAUGGACAGUUAUGAACCGGGGGCUUACACCGAAGGUGUAAUGAGAAAUGUUAACUUCCUUACAAGUAUUGUAAUUCCUGAGUUUGUAACCCAAGUGAAUGUUGCCUUGGAAGCUUUAAAUAAGAAUUCAUUAAAUGUGUUUGAUGAUAAUCAAUUUGUGGAUGUCUCAAAGAAGAUCUAUGAUACAAUUCAUGAUAUCAGAUGUUCAGUCAUGAUGAUUCGGACCCCUGAAGAACUAGAGGAUGUUUCUGACCUUGAAGAAGAUCAUGAGGUUCGCAGCCAUGCCAGCGUUCAGACUGAAGGAAAAACUGACCGGCGAAUGAAACCUUGGGUAAGACUGUUAAAACUUAGAAACUUCAAAUUUCUUCAUCUGAAAAAUAACGCGUAUGCUACCAUCGCUCCUUACAGCAUCAUCGCUAACUUUGAAUAA